UACCUUGACCUUUUGCGUCAAAUAUCGGUACAGUAUACAGUACUCCAAAUCAGAGUUCAAAACAUUUUUAAAACAUGGAAAAAAGUUUCUUAUUGUCAGCGGAGAAGUUGGACGAACUAUUCGUGCAGGAGGUGGCCUGCGUGGUGCACCUUGUAUGUAGGCUGCCCACUAAAGACCAGGUCAUCCCUAUCUGUGUUACUUGGCUAAAGAUAUUCCAGCGGGCAAAAGUCGAAGAGCUAUUUGCGCGGAACUCCAUGCUGCUGCUUCUGCACAAGCAGCUGAAUGAUCGACACACACUGGAUUAUCCAUUCACAGACCAUGAGUGUACGAAAAUGGAUUUGCGCGCUCUCCACCACAUAAGCUUGGGUAUGAAUAAGAGGACAAGGUCGGCAGAGGAAAAAGGACGAGAAAUCUGUGAACGCUCGUCGCUGAAUGAGUUGUACUCGCUCAGAUGCUGCAACAACAACUUAGACAUGACGCAGGGAUUGAUAGAAACAAAUCAAGCUUUGACUCGGAAAUGGCAAGCGCUUCAGCUUCAGAAUCAGAAAUUACAGGACCAACUUAAGCAGAUUGAGAAAGCCAAGCAAUUACAAAUUGAGCAGAUCGGCAUGCUGGACAGGGAGUACUGCUACUUGAAGCGCACAUUCGCCUGCUCCGCAAUAAAAGCCUUGAAGCUUCUAUGCACCGGUUACGAUCCAGCCAAAUUUUUUGAUAUCAUUUACAAAGUUCUUUGUUGUGAAAAAUCUGACAUUGAGCAGACCAAGUUCUUGGGGAAACAAUUCAACGACCUGCUUCAAGCCCACGUCGCUCAUUACCAGCGUAAGCAGCUAGCUUUCUUUUUGGAGCUGGCCAAUCAAAAGUAUGAUGAGCUCCGGGCGAAGGCCAGUAAGAGGUACAAGGUUAUGGUCGACAUGAAGCUAGAUGCCGAGGAGAAGGAGAUUAUCCUGAAUGCUAUGCGGAAUAUGGCAGUGCUGCGCAAGGUUUUUAUAGCCACAUUUAAGGGCAAGUCAAGCACGAAGCAGGCAGCCCUCAAGUUCCUGCAGCUUAGCUACCAGCAAAUGGCCAAGAUGUUGACAGAAGAAAGGGAUGCCGCCUUACCUGGGAAUUAGACGUUCGCAUUGCAGCAUGUGCUCCAGAUUGAGGAUUU